AUGGGCUGCGAACUUAGUAAAUUGGCCUCUUCGACGACACAGUCGAAUCAAGGUGGAAGAGAAUCACCACCUCCGCCAGCAGCUACUGAUCCGAGAUUGCCUCUAACAGCCAGGCAAAAAUUCACCAUAAUUGCCAGCUGGAAAGCCGUUGCCAGAGCUAUGGAGCCCACUGGAGUUUUCAUAUUAUUCGAAGAUAAUACCGAGCUUCUUAAUCUAUUUACAAAGUUUCGAGAACUUAAGACAAAAGAGCAACAAACCGAGAGUAUGGAACUCGCUGAACAUGCAAAUAUCGUUAUGGAAACUUUAGACGAGGGCAUUAAAAGUCUUGAUGAUAUGGAUGCCUUUCUUACAUAUCUUCAUCAAGUUGGUGCGUCUCAUACCAAAAUACCUGGAUUCAACAGACAAUAUUUUUGGAAAAUAGAAACACCGUUUUUGGAGGCUGUUAAACGUACUCUCGAGGAUCGCUACACGGAUAACGUCGAGACCAUAUACAAGCUCACGAUAAAGUUCAUAAUAGAGACGCUGAUCGAUGGGUUUGAUAAAGCCCAAAAGUAA